AUGAAAGAAAGGACAUACCGUAAAUCACACUUCCUUAUUAUUACUCUUACCCUUACCCUUUUCAUAUCGACCUCGAAGCACAUAUAUGAUUCACUCGUAACUGCUAAUACAUGGAACAAAAGAACGCACCCUCAAAAUAGCGCCUUACACACAGCACAUGGUAGAAUAUUAAAGGGUGAUAUAGAACCAGAAACACAGGAACGAUAUAAGGCUCUAAAGGAAAGAAUUAUAGAUCUGCUUGAUGAAGAUGAUGAGUCAUUCAGAGAUAGACUAAAUGCAUUAACACAUGAUGACUAUUUUCGGAAACAAUAUAAUGUGUUCAUACGGGAAGACCUCUCUCAAAAACUGUGUAAAAAGUUCAUUCUAGACAAACCUUCUCAAAAACAUUUUAACAUAUUAAAUAGUAAUAAUAAUUUGGAGAAAAACCCUUUUCUCAUCUCACCAAACACAAAUCACAAUAAUCAGGAUUAUUCUGAUCCGUUCAAAUUUUGUAACAAUUUGGAAGAAUUUUUUGACGAACUAAAGCAUCAUGAAGAGUGUAAUGCAAAACCAAAGGGUGAAAUAAAACGAACGAAUAAUCUUAGGAGAGAAUUAACCAAUGAAGUAGAAGAUUAUAUUCCUUCUAAAUUAGAAGAUGAUAUUUCCGAAGGAUCUAUUGAUAGUUAUAUGUAUAGAGAAUUAGUGAAACCAAGAAAAAGAUCAAUCGUACCUACCGCCUUAAAAAAAGUGGAUAAAAUAUUGAAGGCAGAAGUGAAACGAUUUUUAAAAAAAAAAGCAGCUGGUCGUUAUGCUGAUAAUGGUCGAGGAAUCAUUGGAAAGUUCUUUCCAUAUAUAAACAAAUUCAAAAUAUUUAUUCCUAUUUUGUUUUUUUUGCCAUUAAUUAUUUUAGCGACUCCACUUAUUAUUUUUUACGCAUUCGUAUUUGAGGCUGCUGUUUUAUCCAUAUUUUCAUUAACAGGAAUAUUUCCCGCGUUUAUACCGAUAGUGUGCGUUGUACUGCUUGGAUGCUGUGCAUUUAAUUUGAUAGUGCAUCGCCCGAGGGUGUAG